AACCAAUAACUCAAAACCAACCAACAGCCAUUACUACAAUGAAGACCAGCCUCAGUUUAGCUACACUAACAGUACUUUUGGGAUGCUCCACUGCAGUUGGCCAUGGGCUUCGUCAUGGCGCAAGCUCGCAGCGCAAAUUGGACCAGAAUUUCCCUUUCACCCGCCGUGUCCCUGGGAGCCAGUGCCCAUGCUUUACUUUUGAAGAUCUUCAAUCCAGCUUUGGAGGAGUCCCUGUAGAUGUCUGCAGUGCUCCUUUUGCUGCCCAAACCGGAUUUCCCUGGGGGGGGCUCAUUGCGGAAAGCAGCAGUCAACGUGACUUGAGAGCUUGUGCCGGCAGGUUUUGCACUGGUAGCACCAACACUUGCAUCUACCGUGAUGCUAGCCGUGGCAUUGAAGAGUCCAGGGACGGCAUUUCUGAUACGGAAGAGGCUGAAUGCAUUUUGAACUUGCAAUCAUUCUGUUCUGGCUUUCAAACACUCAAGACAGACCCUCCUACUCAGGCACCAGAAACCCCCAGUCCAACGACCAAAGCACCAACUCAGGCACCAGAAACUCCCAACCCCACAACCAACCCUCCUACUCGGGCACCAGAAACUCCCAGCCCAACGACCAAACCACCAACUCAGGCACCCCAGACUCCCAGCCCAACGACCAAGACACCAUCUCAAGCACCAGAAACUCCCAAUCCUACAACCAACCCUCCUACUCAGGCACCAGAAACUCCCAGCCCAACAACCAAUCCUCCUACUAGUCAGUCAUCGGCAACGACCCCUGCGCCCAGCGCUGCUACCCUGGAACCUAGCACCCCUCUCAUUUCACGAGAGGACCUGACAUCUUCACAGCUUGGCACUGAGCAACUGGACUUGUUGGAGAUUGUCUACUUGGCCUUUGGUGCAGGCAACUGUGGUGAAGUCGUGACCAGCAACCCACCAUUCCUUCGCAGUUUCCUAUGUACCAAAGGGGCGCAGUACAAGGCACUCAUCCAAACUACUGGAAAUGUGCAACUGGGCAUUGAGGUUGCAUCCUUGAAUCCAGAAAUGACUGUUCAUCAAAGCCUUUGCUCACGUGAUCCUGCAAUAGGGUUGAGCUUCGCAGAAUGCAACACUCGGUUGGAAUCCUUUUUCUCCACUGGAUUCCAGCCAACAUCUGGACCUUCUAGCUCUUCCACUCUCACUGAGCAACCAUCCACUCAGGAUCCUGUCACAGGAACCUCAGCUUCUCUGGCCCCUGCUACAGCUGAUCCGUCUUCUCAAGGCCCCAUAACAGAAACUCCAUCCAACCCGGUCGAUCCAUCUUCUGGGGCUGUUGCACCAACAAGCCAUGUGUUCACCAUGACCAAUGCCAAAACAAUGAACGAGGUUCUAAUGUUCAGCCGUGACGACCAAAAUGGCACCAUCCACUUCAUUAGGUCUUUCCCCACUGGUGGCAAAGGAGGUGCUGCACAGGAAGGUCCCAAUGAUCCUCUUGCUUCUCAAGAUUCCUUGAUCGUGACCACCAAUGAUGAGUGCAUUUUGGCAGUCAAUGCUGGAUCUGAUUCUGUGACAAGCUUUGCUGUGAAACCAAAUGAGCUUGUUGCGGCAGGAGUCUACAACACGAGUGGAGCCUUCCCGUUGAGUGUCGCUGAAAACGCCGAUCUUGUGUACGUCUUGAAUGCUGGCGGUGAUGGGAGCAUCACUGGCUUCAUCAAAGACCAUAGCUGCACUUUGACACCCGUUGCAGGGUCCACAGUAUCCCUCAACAUCACCGAUGGCCAGAAUCCACCCUUCUUCCUGGUAGCCCCAGCUCAAAUUGGCUUUACACCAGAUGGUUCGCAUCUUGUUGUGUUGAUAAAGGGUACCACUGAAGGAAGCAUCUUGCUGUACCCCAUUGACUACACAACUGGUCUUUUGGGAGAACCCACGCGAACUCGAUCUGUUGGUUUCACUCCCUUUGCCUUUGAGUUUGAUGAUCAAGGCAACUUGCUUGUGACUGAAGCUUUUGGUACUGCCGCCAGAGUCCCAGCAGUCCAAGGCCCAACUCUCAAUGCUGGAGGGGUCAGCUCUUAUGAGAUCAACUCUGCAACUGGUGAAUUGACAAACAUUACCUCAUCAGAGGGAACUCUUCAAACUGCCACCUGUUGGAUCAGGCGCCAUGCUGAAAGUGGUUGCGCUUACACCACUAACAAUGGAAAUGCCAAUUCCCUUUCAAGCUUGAGAGUUGAUGCUUAUUCUGGAGAAGUCGGUUUGGUGCAACCUGUGGCAGCCAUUCUGGAUGCACCCCUUGAUAUGUCUAUCGUGGAUGAAUUCCUUUAUGUGCUUAGCACUGGCCACCGUUCAGAUGGUCAACCCAGCAUUCACAUCUUUGAGAUCACACCUUCUUCCUGUGAUAUUGAUCUGGUAGAGAUUGUUACUGAUAACAUCCCUCAUGAGAAUGUAACAGUUUUCGGAGUUGUUGGCAUGGCUGCAACUAUGAUGUAAUCAAUACCGAGGCACAACCAUUUUUAAUAAGACAACUUGAUAUACUUUCCUAUUCACGUCUCUUCCAGUCGGCAAGCUGUUUCUAUGAUAGCUCUGAUCAUAAAAUAAUUGUUCCUCAUACU